GAAGGGAAAACAUCACCCAAUGAGACAUCCUGGCUAGAUGGAUUGAAACGAUCCGGGACUGAUUGCCAUCCGGAUCAGGCAACAGUGAAUGGGGACAACCAAGUCACAAGAGUGCUUGCUACUGGCUGUGCUGCUGCUCGUCCAUUAUCGGAGUAUUGUGUUAUCACUUAAGUCAUGCGUAUCGGAAGAGCGGAUGACACCGGUGACGUAGGACGAACCGAAUGUUCUUCGGGGACUUAAUCUACGAGCUGACACACUGAAAUUGAUUUAAUUUCGUCGGUUAGUCGUACUCGGGCAGCGAUUGGACGAGGUUCACGGUUGUGUUCUACCAAUGAGCUGGCAUAGUGGCGAAGAUUCUGGUACUGCGAUGAACUACGCCUCGUAUGGUGUUGGAUCGUCGUCAGUGAGUGCGUUGAAGCCAGUGCAAAGUUCUCGAAUGGAUUCGACACAAGACACACAAGAACAGUACCAACUGCUCCAUGAGGAUGAGUGGCCUACGAGUAGUUUCUCAAACGCUACUAGCUACAGCAAACCCUCAAUGGACAUUCAGCUGCUGAACGACGAUCACGAAAAGGCGAUCCUGCGUGAUCUGUGCAAAUCGGGUGGAUCGGAAAGUACACCAUUGACCACGUUUAGCUACAUCAGUGAGUACAUCUGCUCGAACAACAUCGACAUUUGGCCGGGAGAAAUAGCGAGCUCGUCCGAGGCGAGUGCUAAGCAGGAGUUGGACCACGGAGAACAGCGUUUACCCAUUUCCGGAUGCAUUCAUCAGCAAGUGUACAUGAGAUGCAAACGUGUGCUGGAGUCGAUCAUUGUAAGGAACGAACAGAUUUUAGCCAUGCUGCGUCAAAAAUCUUGUCAGAAGGAUAGUAUCAAGUAGACGACGUAAUCAGGCAUUUUUUUAGGUUAAGUUUAGCCAAGUAGCCUCUAGAGAUGAACGGAUCACGUUUUUAUAAGGAUUCCCCUGUGUGCUACUGUGUCUGCAGUGACAGUAACAUGGUUUAUAAUGCUGUUAGUGGUGACAUAUAGCUUCAAACAUCAUAAAGUUCAAAACAGACUAUAAAUAAGCUGAAUGAGUAUGAGGCUGACUUCUGGCGAAUAUCUUGGAGUUUGUUCUGGAGUCGCGGAAAGUAAUAAAUGUUCGGCGUUGGACUGGAAAUGGACUAAAGUGUCAGUACUUUAUUUG